AUGUUGGCUCGCUCAGCACUGCGUACGGCACGCUCCGCCGCUGCCACGGCCCGCAAUGCCUCCAGCAAACCGCGCUUUGCCUCGACAUCGAGCUCUGCCGACGGCGCCGCCUCGGCAUGGAAGAACAACGCCCUCCCCGCAGGCGCCACCAUCUUCGCCGUCGGUUCGACUGCCUGGUACUGGCAUCUCUACGGACGCCAAGUUGAUGCCAUGACCCCAGCCGAAGAAGGUCUCCACCCAACUCAAUACCCGUGGGAGCACGAGAAAUGGUCCAAGACCUUCGACCACGGAGCUCUCCGCCGUGGCUUCCAGGUCUACCGCGAGGUCUGCGCCUCCUGCCACUCCAUCUCCCGUGUGCCUUACCGCGCCGUCGUCGGAAAGUUCAUGACAGUCGAUGAGGCCAAGGCGCUCGCCGAGGAGAACGAGUACGACACAGAGCCCAAUGACCAGGGCGAGAUUGAGAAGCGCCCCGGAAAGCUCUCCGACUACAUGCCUGCUCCCUACAAGAACGACGAGGCCGCCCGCGCUGCCAACAACGGUGCUCUACCCCCCGAUCUAUCGCUCAUGGUCAAGGCCCGCCACGGCGGCUGCAACUACAUCUUCAGCUUGUUGACUGGUUACCCCGAGGAGCCACCUGCCGGCGCCGUUGUCCAAGAAGGCCUCAACUUCAACCCCUACUUCCCCGGUACCGGAAUUGCCAUGGCCCGUGUUCUGUACGACGACCUGGUUGAGUACGAUGAUGGCACCAAGGCUUCGACCUCGCAGAUGGCCAAGGACGUGGUUGAGUUCCUCAACUGGACCGCUGAGCCUGAGAUGGACGACCGCAAGAAGAUGGGCUGGAAGGUUCUCGCUGUCACCAGUGUUCUGUUCGCGCUCAGUGUUUGGGUCAAGAGGUACAAGUGGGCACCGCUAAAGACACGGAAGAUUGUCUACCAGCCACCACAGAACAAGAGCAUCCUCGACCAACUGCCCAAGCCAAACAACUCUGGCAAGACGAACCAAUAA